AUCUGGCCAACCAAAUUUAUUGCGAAAAUGGGAAAUUUGUCCACAUGGAUUUUUCUAAAGCAUUUCCCUUGGCUUAAGCUAGCACUCUUUAAGAAUUUUGAGCUAUUCUUUCACAAGCUACCCAUUGGGUUGGAGGCCAUGAUUUAGGUCUCAAUUCGAUUAGUGUAUCAAAAUUCGUGCCAUGCCAUUCCUUGUUAGCUCGUUUUUAUUUUGGGUUCAUAGCAUAGUUAAGCUAUUGUUUUCUGUAGCCUUGGUAAGAAUCUCAUCUGGGUUUCUUUGGAAGGCAAAUUAAUUCUGCUCUAUUUUGGUUCUGCUCUGUCCUUCCAGCAUUCUGUUUGUGUGGAAUUUAUGGUCUCUGAUUUUGUUAUGACUUUCUCUGAUUUGGAAAAGAUCUAGAGUCUGAUUUGGGGUUCAUGACCGUGAAAAAGGUUUGUCCCUUGUUUAGCAAAUAGCAAUUUUGUAGUGGUGGCUUCAUGAUUCCCUCCGUUGCUUUGAUUUUUCAGAAAUAUUGAUUUAUUGAUUCUGCACUGCUAUGGCCAUAUGAUGGUUGUCAUAUGAUGGGCACUAGUUGUCUUAGAUUGCGUGAAGCCAUUCACCAGUCUAAAUGAUUCUAGAUUUGAGUUUUGGGGACAAAACUCCUUUUUAGGAGGGGUGGAUGUAAUACCCCAAAAUUUCUAGAGCAUCAAGUGAGAGUUAGGGACCUAAUUGUGAAGAAAUACUAUUAAUGAAC